GAUUUCCCAUGCAAUUGUUGAUCCCUUCUGAUCAGUAUCUCUUCUUGAGAACAUUUUCUUAUUUGAUACUGUAAGCUUUCGAGCAUUGUUACAGCCAUGGUUCUGUCUCCAAAAGUCUACCAGUUCCUCGUGGGUGUUUUCGCCUCUGUGGGUUCUAUCCUUUACGGUUAUGAUCUAGGUGUUAUCGCAGAAGUCGUUGCAAGUGAAACAUUCGUCGAAAAAUUUCAUCCAACUUCAACAGAAGUUGGUAUUGUAGUCUCCUUCUUCACGGGUGGAGCAUUCUGUGGUUCCGGUCUUGCAGGUCCAGUUGGAGAUAGAUUCGGUCGUCGAUGGACCAUCUUUGCAGGAUGUCUUAUCUUUAUACUCGGAGGCGGUCUCCAAACCGGUGCACAGCAUAUUCAUUAUCUCUGGGCCGGUAGAUGGAUUGCCGGAUUAGGAGUUGGUUUCCUCGUUAUGAUUAUUCCCCUCUACCAAGCCGAAAUCGCACAUCCCAGCAUUCGAGGUCGCAUCACAUCCUUGCAACAAUUCAUGUUGGGAAUUGGUGCUCUCGUCGCCGGAUGGAUCAGUUACGGAACAUACGUCGGCAUCAAAGGCAACUCUGCACAAUGGCGCCUGCCACUGGGACUCCAACUGCUUCCCGCCGUUGUUCUCGCCGGUCUCAUUUUCCUCUUUCCCGAAUCUCCACGUUGGCUCAUCGAUCAUGGAUACCCAGACAAGGGACUCAAGACGCUCGCCAGAUUGCACGCCCACGGGGACGAAAAUGAUCCCUGGGUCCGCGCUGAAUUCGAUCAAAUCCAAGACAGCAUUACGUAUGAGCACGAGCAUGAGGCAAAAUCUUACCUGGAAUUGUUCACAAACAAGUCAUCUUUCCGUCGAUUGUUUAUCGCGUGUGCUUUGCAGGCUUCGGUUCAAAUGACUGGUGUUUCCGCAAUCCAAUACUAUUCCGUAAAGAUCUAUGGACAGAUUGGCAUUGUAGGAAGUGAUGCCUUGAAAUAUCAAGCUAUCAACAAUAUCAUUGCUUUGCUCGGAGAAGCGUGUUGUGUCUUGUUCAUUGAUAAGUUGGGACGAAGAUGGCCUUUGAUCUGGGGCAAUCUGUUCAAUAUGCUCACAUUCCUCAUUGCCUGUGUCCUCAUCGCCAGCUUCCCGCCCGCCACUAACCAUAACAUUGGCGCCUCCUGGGGUUUCAUCAUCAUGACCUGGCUCUACAAUUUCUCCUUCUCCUGCACCUGCGGGCCUCUCUCUUGGGUAAUUCCUGCCGAAAUCUUUGAUACCCGUACCCGUUCUAAGGGUGUCUCGAUCGCAACCAUGGUUUCCUUCGCCUUCAACACACUGAUUGGUCAAAUUACCGACAUGGCUAUGACAAACAUUGGAUACAAAUUCUACUUCGUCUUCAUCAUUUGCAAUUUCACCAACGCGCUGUUCUUCUACCUAUUCCUGCCCGAAACCGCGAGAAAACCUUUGGAAGAAAUGAACUAUCUCUUUACUCAUGCACCCAUUCUCGUUCCUGGAACAGACAAAGCAUCGUACAACGCUGGCUACGCCGCAGAUAUCGAGCGAAGAGCUCAAGAGAUUAGCGACAAGAACGGGGUUGACGUUGAGCACUAUCAAGGUGACCUUGAGAAGCAUCGCACUGCUGCCAAUCCGGCCAUGGGUGCGGCAUGAUGGAUCAGUUAUGAAUUUAUGAUUAAUAUCCUUUAUGGAUGUAGAAAUUGGAUACCCAAAUAAUAAUAUUAACUAUUUAU